CUGAUGAUUCUGAAACCCACUUUGAGGCUGAGCUCGAACCGUCAGAGGGUGAGGAGAGCAUGAAGGUCCAGCCUGUGUUUGCAGUGUGUUUUCAGGCUGAGUUGGUCCCUGCCUCGGUGCAGGACUACAGAGAGAAGCUGCWGCACYUCAGGAAGCUCAGACAAGAUCUGGUACAGAGAUCACUACCCCGGGGGCCACAAGGGACCUUCCAACAGGUGCCUCUACGCUAUUUCCAUGCUGUUCAUCAACUUGAAACCCCUGUGGGACCCAGUCAUUGAACUCAUAGUGACCCAUGCCAGAGGAAUGGACAACAAAGACUUCUGGAAGGUCUACCAUGAGCAGCUGGAGUUGGUAGCAGGUCUUGCUGAAAAGGAGCUGCGUGAAGACGAAGAUGGAGGCUCUGAGCUGCAGGGGGAGCCGGGCUGUGAUGUCAUCGAGAGCGGGGACGUGGGGGGUGCUGUUCCUGCAGYGUCUGAGGAUGACCUCUGACCCCAGCGAGAGGACAGACUUCACUAACUUCAGGGGCCUGCUGWGGAGKGCCAUGGCUCUGGUCCCCGACCGCGUAGAACCACGCAGUAGGGAGCUCAGUCCACUGCUGCUAGGAUUCAUCAGGAAUGAGUUCUACCCAGCUGACCUGCUGUUGGCACCUACUCAGGACAUGAGGAAGAGGAGCAGUCCUGCUGCCAUGGAGGCUAGCAUGGCGGGAGAGGAAGAAGAGGACAGGGAGGAGGAGGAG